AUACGGAUAAUCUGUCAAAUGUCUGCUGACACCAGACUAAAUUUACUGGUUGUUGUCGUAUUUCGGUAACAAUGGCAUCGUCUUUACCUCCGCCGAAGCUAAAGGACUUCGUGUUCACGGAGAAACUGGGCAGUGGGACGUACGCGACAGUAUACAAGGCAUACAGGACAACCGGUCCUCGAACUGUCGUGGCCGUCAAGUGCGUUCUCAAAAGUAGCCUCACGAAAACAUCCACCGAAAAUUUGCUCACUGAAAUAGAGCUGUUGAAAGUGCUGAAGCAUGAUCACAUAGUGGAACUGAAGGACUUUCAGUGGGAUGACAAUUAUAUUUACCUGAUAAUGGAAUAUUGCAGCGGGGGUGAUCUCUCUCAUUUUAUUCGCAGUAAGAGAAAAUUACCGGUUCAUAUCGUUCGUCGAUUUUUGCGUCAGAUAGUUCGAGCUCUUGCCUUCCUCAGAGAACACAACGUCGCUCAUAUGGAUCUUAAACCUCAAAUUUGCUGCUGACAUCAAAGCAGAACCCGUCUGUUAAAAAUAGCAGACUUUGGCUUUGCAAUGCACAUAUUAGAUGGAAUGGAGUUAAUAAUGCUGCGGGGCUCGCCCUUGUAUAUGGCUCCUGAGAUUGUGUGUAAAGGGGCUUAUGAUGCAAGAGUGGAUCUGUGGUCUAUUGGAGUUAUACUGUACGAGUGUCUGUUUGGCCAAGCUCCCUUUGCUUCACAGACCUACAAGAAUUGGGUGAGAAAUAUGGACACAAAACCAGUAGAGCUUCCCUAUGGUGUUGACAUCCCAGACAGCUGUAGACAUCUGUUGUUAGGUCUCUUACAGAGGGAUCCUGAAAAAAGGAUGUCUUUUGAGGAAUUCUUCAACCAUCCUUUUCUGAUUUGGAACACAUGCCCUGCAAAGGACUCGUUGCAGAAAGCUACAUCUAUUGUCACAAAAGCUGUGCGUCGUGACACUGAGGGCGAUUACAAAACUGCUGUUAAACUGUACUGUGAGGCUCUUGAGUACUUUGUGCCAGCCAUAAGCUAUGAAAAAGAUAGACAAAAGAAAGCAAUUCUGAGGGCUAGAGUGAAAGAUUACAUGGACAGAGCAGAAGUGUUAAAAGAACAGCUAAAACCUGGGUUCAAGAAUGUAGCUGGGCCAGAGGGAACACUGCAGAGGUCUAACUCUCCUGGUUACUGGGAUAAACUUUGGGAACUGGCAGGAGAUAAUCAGGAAGUUGCCGCAGCUUUGAAACUUAUCAAGGCAGCAGAAUUGGAGAGGACUGAUGAGUUUCAAAAGGCUCUGGAUCAUUAUGAAAUAGCUUUGGGAGCUCUCAUCAAGAUUCUCCAGUCUGAACCAAGGCAAGAAGUUAAAGAAUUAUUACGCCGUAGAAUUGACAAAUCGAUGGUCAAAGCUGAACAGAUUAAAACAUACUUAUCAGUGAAACAACUGAACACAGUUGACACUUCCCAGAAAGAGGAGGAAGUAAACAACAGCUAUUCAGAGCAGUGCGUGAUUCCAGUAGCACUAUGAACAAUACAUGUGUAAGUGCUAAAAAUGUUUCUGUGAUAUAUUCAUAACAAGGGCAACCUCCAGAAAUAUAUGCUGUUAUAAAUAUACUUCAGGAUAUUUUUUUCUUAUUUUCAUACAGCAUUUUGGCAGUAAGUGUUUCAGACUGCAUGUGAGCAGGUUUGUUUACAGGAUGAAUGAAAGUGUAGCAUUUCAUUCAUUAAAUUUCAAGCUAAAUCAUGACAUAACUUUUUGGUAGGAAUCAAGGAAUCGAUGUCGCUUUACACUACGUUUUGACAGUUUAUUUCCUAUAAGGACGGGUUCCCUAUUUCAGCAGCCUUGGUCAAUGUGUUAAUAGUAUUUCUUAGUGUUUUACUGCAUGAGCUUUAUUGAGUUUAUUGACCAUACACUGACUACACUGCAUGUCCCAACAAAGGAAGAAAGGGUAGAAAUUAAAUCUAGGCACUGAGAGGAGAAUUUGAAUAUUUUGCUGUUAUGUCUACAUUUAGUAUCAGGCAUUGUAAUGCAGAUAAUAGAUCAAUAAAAAAGAUGGAUUCAGCUUGCUGUGAGAUGUGUACAGUGGCUCAUACAUCGCUGACAUAUUAAACACCAAAACUUCCAUAUAAAACUUUGUACAUUGCUCCUAAUCCUUUUUAAAGCUGUCAGUUGCAAUUAUUGUAUUGUCAGUCAUGUUAAGUAUCAGUGUAUCACAGAAUAAUCUGAUUUAUCAAUAUUCAAGAAAUUCUGAUUAACAAUUUUGUGUUGAAUCUUAUGCCAAUUAUCUUAUCUUUCGCAUUCAUGAUAAUAAUAAUGCACUGUAAGGUUUCAGAGGAAGACUGAUUGUUUUAUUGAAUAACCCAUGUACAAAUGGUUAAUGUUGUGGGUAAUUACAUGUUUUAAUAUGACUUAAACACAGGCCUGUAUUGCACUUGCACCAUUCCAAACUGAUGACGUCAGCAUUUCACUGUUGCGAUCAUUUAAACAUUGGUUACUGUGAUUUACUGUGUGUCUUAAUAUAACUUUAUGAAAUCAGCCAGAUACAACUGUAACACUGGGCAACGACGUCAUGAUGUUCCACUGGUUUAAUGUCAAUCAGAUCUUUGCUGUUAGUGCAAUGUAAGUGAUGUGGUUUUUGAUUGACGCUGAAGCAAGUCACAGAUUUCGAUGAGAUAAAUCCAUAUCAGUGCUGAUUAUGAUGCAGAGCUUUUGCAGUGCUUAUUACGUUUGACACAAUAAAUGAAAAAAAUUCAGUGGUUUGUGAAUGCUGCAGUUGUGUUGAACAAGGGGGGGCAACUCUCUGAGAUAUAAAAAGAGGCCUAUUUCGAAAUACCUGAUCUGCUUGUUACACGGGCUAUGCGAAUGUUGAAUGUUCA